AUGAAGGUCGAAGAACUUGUCAUUGAUGGAUUUAAGUCUUAUUCUGUCAGAACUGUGAUUACAAACUGGGAUCCCCAAUUCAACGCGAUCACAGGUUUAAAUGGUUCAGGUAAAUCUAAUAUUUUAGAUGCAAUAUGUUUUGUUUUAGGUAUAACUAAAACCUCCUCGUUGAGAGCUUCUAAUUUGCAGGAUUUAAUUUAUAAGAAAGGGCAAGCAGGUAUAACCAAGGCGUCUGUUACCAUCACAUUUGACAAUUCAGAUAAGGAGCACUCUCCUGUUAUAUACAAGAAUGAUCCUAAGAUUAGUAUAACCCGUAAAAUAUCAGUUGAUGGCCCCAGUACUGUGAAUACCAAAUACCUAAUCAAUGGACGCAAGGCAACACAGAAAGAGGUAGCAAACAUGCUAGAAUCAGUUCAGUUAAAUAUCAACAAUCCCAACUUUUUAAUUAUGCAAGGUAAAAUCACGAAAAUGUUGAAUAUGAAUCCUAAACAAAUAUUAAGCUUGAUUGAAGAGGCCACAGGUACCAAGGCAUAUGAGAAACAAAGGGAAAAAUCUGAAGAAAUUAUGAAAAAGAAAGAUAUGAAGUUGGCAUCCAUCAAGGAGAUCCGUGAUUUAAAGGUUAAACCAAGAUUAAAUGAGUUAAAGAAGCAGACGGAGGUACUAAUUGAGUACAAAAAUGAAAAGGAGAAACUGGAAAAACUUUCUUUGAUUAUGAAUGCCUUUGAAUACCAGGAUAGUAUCGAUGUAGUGCGAAAUAUCUCAAAACCACUCGAUGAAUCUACUCAAAAAGUCGUUAAUUUGGACCUGAAAAUAAAGGAGAUUCAAAAGCAGAUAGAUACCUUAAACGAGGAACUUCAAAAAAUCAGAGCUAACAACUCUAAGAGUGAGUCCAAAUACCUAAAGGAACUUGAAUUAAAAGAACAGGAGACUCAAAAUAACCUUACCAGACUUAAAACACUAAGGAAGUCACACUCUGAUAAUUUGAAUGAACUAAAGCGAUUGUGCAAAUCGAAAGAAAAAGAAGUAGAGAGAAUCCAAAAUUCCAUCGAUAACAGACAUGCAAACUACACUCAACUCCAGCAAUCUUUUAAACGUGAGGAGGAAGAACUGAGACAUUUUAUAGAAUCACUUCAAAGAAAGGAAGAUUUACUUUCGACAUUAUCUACCGGUAUAUCAUCAAAAGGGUCAGAUGCUGGUUUUGCGGCACAACUAAGGGAUGCUAACCAACGACUCUCUGAAAUUAAAACAGCCAUCGAGCAAGAUAAGUUGAAGAUACGACAUUUAGAUGGUCAAAUUGAUGAAUCAACGCUUGAAAAUCAUAAACAUGAGAUUGAAAAAUAUAAAGCAGAAAUUAAAAGACGUAAAGCAGAAUUUGAUUCCAUUAAAGAACAGCUAAAGCAAAGUGGGUUUGACAAAUUAGAAUAUGAUAAACUGAAGGUUGAGGAGCAGAAGUUACUUGAGCAAUUAAAUUAUAAAAAUAGAUCGUUGCAAGAAUUCGUCAGAAGGGAUACGAGGUUUGACUUUACAUAUGAUAAACCCACGCCGGAUUUCAAUUAUAACUCAGUGAAAGGCCUAUGUGGUGAGCUAUUCAAUUUGCCAGAAAAGCAUAGGAAAACUGCAACAGCAUUAGAAGUCUGUGCUGGGUUCAAGUUAUUCAAUGUCGUUGUGGAUACUGAUAAGACGGGUUCUCUAUUGCUAGAGAAGGGUAGGUUGAGGAAACGGGUUACGAUUGUUCCGUUGAACAAGAUCACUUCAAAAGUUGUUAGAGAGAGCAUUGUCAAUGAAGCUAAAAGGCAAGCACCUAAUAAAGUUGAACUUGCGCUAAAUCUUGUUGAAUGUGACCCCUCUGUCAAAAAGGCUAUUGAAUAUGUAUUCGGUAAUAAGUUGAUCUGUGAUGAUCCUGAAACAGCCAAGAAAGUCACAUUCAGUGAAAAAAUUAGAACAGGAUCCAUCACUUUGGACGGAGAUAACUAUGAUCCCGAAGGUCGACUUUCAGGAGGUUCAAGGAACACCUCCGCUUCUUUAUUGAGCCAUUUUGAGAAAUAUAAAGACCUAAAAAAUGAAGUGAUGAGCAUCAGGAAGAGAUUAGACCAAAUUUCUGAAACAUUGAGAAGAAUGAAUAUUGCAGCAGAGAAAAACUAUGAUACUCAACAAAAACUAGUAGCAGAAGAGUACCAUAUUAGUCUGCUCAAUAAAAAGCUCAAUGAAUCGAAUAGUGCUGUAUAUAUCCAAAAUUAUGAGAGAUCAAUGCAUGAAAUCGACUCUUUAAAAGAAAUGAUACGUUCUAAUGAAUCGAAGAUAGAAUUGCUAAAUCAAGAAAUCGGAAAAAUUAACAAAGACAUGGAUGAAUUUAACAGCGAUGGAUCCAAGAAGUUGAGGCAAUUAAAAGAAGAAAUCGGUCGACUGUUGGUUGAGCGUUCUCAGAAGGAGAAAAACUUAGCUGCAAGAAGAAUGCUUUUCAACGAAGAAACUGUGAGAAAUGAAGAUGCUCUACUUGACAUCGAAAAUCUCAAAACAGAAAUCUUGAAAGCUAAGGAAGAAAUACCUAGAAUGGAGGAAGCUUUGAAAGAAGAAGACCAUGUGAUUGAUGAAGUACAAUAUGAGCUAGAUCAAAUAUGUGAGAACAUCCAAAUCGAGAGAGAUCGUUCAGCUAAUGCUUUGGCAGAGUUCGAUCAACUUUCACAACAUUUGCAGAACAAGAAGAAUGAAUUAUCUGAGACUACACGUGCACAUGAGGCUGAAGUUGAAAGAAAGGGUAAAUUGUUGGGUUCGUUCAAAGAGGCAAAAAAGGUAAUUUCAAUGCUAAAGAAUGAUACGAGAAUAAUCGACGAUACUCGUAGGGCUCAACUAAUUAGCGGAUGUGAAGAUUUUGAUUAUGAAGAAUAUGCUAACAGGGUGAAUGAGAUCCAAAAAAAGAUUGAUGAGUUGAAAUCCAAAGGUGCUGACGACAAUGUUCAGCUCGAGUCCGAAAUUCUACUUCAAAACUGUGCUUCACUUGAGGGUAAAAUUCUAAAAAUUGAAAAAGAUAGAAAGAAAAUAGAAACAACUAUAGAAAAGUUGGAUCAGUAUUUGAAAACUGAGUUGAACAAAACAUACAGGAAGGUUUCUGAUGAAUUUGGUGAAACAUUGGCUAUGCUACUACCUGGAGCCUAUGCGAAGCUAGUCAAAACUUCAGGCGAGGAGGGUAAUAUUUUUGAAGGCUUGGAGAUCAGAGUUAGGUUAGGUUCGGUGUGGAAGGAGUCGCUAGUUGAACUAUCCGGUGGUCAGAGAUCUUUGGUUGCUCUUGCCUUAAUCAUGGCGUUGUUGCGGUACAGUCCUGCUCCAAUGUACAUUUUAGAUGAAGUUGACGCAGCAUUGGAUUUAUCUCACACACAAAGCAUUGGACAUCUGAUUAAAACAAAAUUCAAGGGUUCGCAGUUUAUUGUGGUUUCGUUAAAGGAAGGUAUGUUUACAAAUGCGAAUAAGUUAUUUAAGGUUAGAUUUCAAGAUGGUACAUCUAUCGUGUCUACUUGA